AUGGCUGGACCAUCCAUGUUGCUGCUGCUAUUAAUUCUCCGCCUUUCUUUGAAUUAUUUAAUUUCCAAAGGCUGGAAUAUUAACUGGAGCAUCGUCCCGGAGCUGACUGAGCCACUGGGACUACCAAAGGCACACCCGUCAUGGAGAGAGAAGCUCCAUCAGGUUCAGGACGUUCUUCAUCAAGCCCAGAACCUGUUUGGACUUCUGGCCGACUCCCUCGAGAAGGGAAAAAAUCUGUUGAUGUGGGUCAAGCCAGACACGACGUUAAAGUUCUACAUUUUACUGUGGGUGUUCUUUUUCUUUUCGUGCUUUUUACCGUAUCAGAUGAUGGGAUCCAUCUUAGUUUUUUCUGCCGGCUUAAAGUUCUUCAUCGUUGACUUCAUCUUUAACACUUACCCGAACUUAAAGAAGCGUUACGACACCUUUGGAUUUUUCUGGGAAAGUUUACCCAUCGACUCAGAGCUGCAAGAUCACAAAGACGACAAGCGCCACAGCCUGUUUGCUGCAACAAGGGCUCGACUGAGCAGCUUCACUGCUGCUCACUUCAGAAACGGUGGCAGCCUGUUCCAUUUCAUGAAAAAGAAAAGACCAUUUCAUGAAAUGUUUAACAUCCCAGAGUCUGAGCAACCUCUGCCUGAGUUUAAGACCGGCUGGCAUUGCUGUAUGGUGAAUAGAGACAGGAAUAUAACAUCAAAAGAAUUUUGCGGUUAUGGGGUCCUCUAUGUCACCGAGAACUAUUUGUGUUUUAAGAACUACAUAAAUAAGUUCCAUACAGUUAUAAAAUUAACAGACAUCACAGACUUCAAGAGAUAUAAACUUGUACCAGGACUGCCCGGCUCAGGUAGGGGGAUGUCAAUAGCAACGGCAGCCACCAAGAAGCCUCUGUUGUUCACUGCUAUGAUACACAGCAAACGGGCGUAUCAAGCCAUCUCCUCCCAGAUGAGAAAGGUGUUUGAAGAGGCAGCUCUGCAGUGUGCAAAUAUAGAGUGACUUGCACUCUGUGCUGCAGCUACUUGGGAGGAGCACCAGGAGGCGACGACUCGGGAGGAGCAACAGGAGGCGACGAGGGAACACUGGGACGACUAAGAGGCGACGACUCG